AUGUCUGAAAGUUUAACUAAAUUAAAAGUUAAUGUCAAAGAUUUUGGUGAUUGUCUUUAUCUUCUUGAUUCCAAUCUCAAAUGCUUAUCGAAAUUAAUUAUUAAUGUGGAACAUAUUGGACCUAAAGGAAAUUUUACGCUCGCCACAAAAAAACUUCCUAAAUUGAAAUAUUUUUCAUUGUGCUCGAUUUAUAAAACAUUUAGUUAUGAUGAUUUAAUUAUUCCAUUACUCCAUCGAAUGAUAAAUCUUGAAGAAUUGAUAUUAUUUUUGUCUGUAGUAAGAUUUAGCUCGGAUGUUAUUGAUGGUAUUCAAUUACAUGAUGAAAUUCUUGUUCAUAUGACACGAUUAAAUAAAUUUACUUUCAGUAUAAAUACAGAACUUCUCAUCAAAAAUGAUAUUAAAACUGAUAUUACAACAAAAGAAAACAUUCAACAUAGUUUCAUUGGUAAAGAAUUUGGACAAGUUCAAUCAAUUAUUCAUAAUGAUGCGAAUGAUUAUAAUAUAAUUAUUAUUGAUGAAGAUAAUAUUGGUUUAAUUGAUUUUGGAGAUAUGUGUGAAACAUUUCUUAUAAGUGAAGUUGCUAUUGCAUGUGCUUAUAUUAUGUUAGAUAAACAAGAUCCAAUUAAUUCAGCAACAUAUCUUAUUCAUGGUUAUAAUCAAAUAAUUCAAUUUGAAAACAUUGAAAUUGAUUUAAUUUAUCAUUUUAUUUGUACUCGACUUGCAAUGAGCGUAACUAUAUCUGCUUAUCAAAAACAAGUUCAAUCUGAUAAUCAUUAUCUUGUUAUUAGUGAAAAACCAGUUUGGUCUCUACUUGAAAAACUAAAUACUAUUCAUACAACAUUUAUUUAUCAGACUUUUCGUUCUGCUUGUGCUUCAUCAAAAUAG